GCCGCGUGGGCGAGGCGGCGGCGAGCCGUGCGCAGCGGCGUGUGCGGGGCCGUGUGCAGACCCGCGUGUGGCGCAGGCAGGGACCCUGAAAAUAAACAGCCGCCGCUUCGCGAGCCGUCCUCCCGGUCUGCGCCUGAGUCUCGGCCGCUGCGGGCCCCUGCGACGCGGAAGAUCUGACUGCAGCCAUGAGCAGCAAUGAGUGCUUCAAGUGUGGACGGUCUGGCCACUGGGCCCGGGAGUGCCCCGCUGGCGGGGGCCGCGGUCGUGGGAUGAGAAGCCGCGGCAGAGGUGGUUUUACCUCGGAUAGAGGUUUCCAGUUUGUUUCCUCGUCUCUUCCAGACAUCUGUUACCGCUGUGGUGAGUCUGGUCACCUUGCCAAGGACUGUGACCUUCAGGAGGAUGCCUGCUAUAACUGCGGCCGAGGCGGCCACAUCGCCAAGGACUGCAAGGAGCCCAAGCGGGAGCGGGAGCAGUGCUGCUACAACUGCGGCAAGCCCGGCCACCUGGCCCGCGACUGCGACCACGCCGACGAGCAGAAGUGCUACUCCUGCGGCGAGUUCGGGCACAUCCAGAAAGACUGCACCAAAGUCAAGUGCUACAGGUGUGGCGAGACUGGUCACGUAGCCAUCAACUGCAGCAAGACGAGUGAAGUCAACUGUUACCGCUGUGGCGAGUCGGGGCACCUGGCGCGGGAAUGCACGAUCGAGGCCACGGCUUAAUUACUUUCCUUUGUCGCCCCUCCUUUUCUGAUUGAUGGUUGUAUUAUUUUCUCUGAAUCCUCUUCACUGGCCAAAGGUUGGCAGAUAGAGGCUACUCCCAGGCCAGUGAGCUUUACUUGCCGUGUAAAAGGAGGAAAGGGGUGGAAAAAAAAUCGACUUUCUGCAUUUAACUACAAAAAAAAGUUUAUGUUUAGUUUGGUAGAGGUGUUAAUGUAUAAUGCUUUGUUAAAGAACCCCCUUUCCGCGCCACUGGUGAAUAGGGAUUGAUGAAUGGGAAGAGUUGAGUCAGACCAGGAAGCCCGUUCUGGGUUUCUCGAAUAUGUUCCCAUGUAGGAGGUAAAACCAAUCCUGGAAGUGUCUGUGAGCUUCCAUAAAUAACUUUAAUUUUAGCAUAAUGACUGCCUUGGAUUGUCUGACCUCAGUAGCUAUUAAAUAACAUCAAGUAACAUCUGUAUCAGGCCCUACAUAGAACAUACAGUUGAGUGGGAGUAAACAAAAUAAAAAGACAAACAUGCGUGUUAAUGGUUGUGCGAGAACACUCGGGAUAAAAGCCUGAGCAGGAACAACCUCACCACAGCGUCGAUGCUGGGUAAAUAUGGUGAUGGCAAUGGUGUAGAACACACGUUUUCAAAGACUAAAUCUAAAACCCAGAGUAAAACAUCUAUGCUCAGAGUUAGCAUAAUUUGGAGCUAUUCAGGAAUUGCAGAGAAAUGCAUUUUCACAGAAAUCAAGAUGUUAUUUUUGUAUACUAUAUCACUUAGACAACUGUGUUUCAUUUGCUGUAAUCAGUUUUUAAAAGUCAGAUGGAAAAAGCAACUGAAGUCCUAGAAAAUAGAAAUGUAAUUUUAAACUAUCCAAUAAAGCUGGAGGAGGAAGGGGAGUUUGACUAAA